ACCCAAAACCAAAGAUGUAUGCAGCUGCUGGAGGCGCCUCGCUGGCCUCGCGCCAAGCCCGCCAGCGCCAGCGGCAGCAGAAGAAGAACCAACAACUACAGGCGAAACUACAUCCACCGAAGGCGGCCGGGGCGGCGGGCUCCGGGGGGUCCGGCGAUCUUGGCGCCUCCACGCCCACCCGCGGCCAGUCCCGGCAGUUCCACCAACUGCCGACCAACUACCUGCGGGCGCCCCAGGCCCAGGGCCGCAAGCUGAGCGCCACCUAUACGACGCAAUCGAAGCUCCUACUGCCAAUCGACGAGGGCGACACCCAGUCGGUGCUGCAGCUGCGCAUGCACUCCCACUCGCACGCCCAUGCCCACGCCCACUCGCACUCACACGGGCCCGCCGCGCACGCCCACGGAUUCCACAGUCAUGCGGUAGUGCAGACGCCCUACCAGCAGUUCGCCUCGUCACACGGACGCGCCUCACCGAAGCUGGUGCAUCGGCACUCCGGCAGCAGCAGCGCCGGAUUCCAUCCGGCAUCCUCAGCCGCCGGUGGACAGCUGCACAAAUCCGCCACGGCCACCCUGCCGCUGGUCUCCCAAAUGGAGGACGGGGAUGCGGAUGCAGAAGCAUCGACGUCGCCAUCGGCUGUGGCCGGCGUUAAAACGACAGUGACCUCGUUGGAGUCAGCCACGCCUACGUCUCCCCCGCUGGCCAGCACUUCUGCUGCCGCUGCCGCCGCUCUAGCAGCCGAAGCCGCGGCGGAGGGAGAGUUUGCUGGCGCCGCCGCCAUGUUUGUGCCCCACCAUGAUGCCAUCAUUGUAACGCCGGCCACGCCCAUGGCCUCGCCGGGCCACGUGGCCAAGCUCCGGCGACCGGGACCGGAGGAGCUGCUGGAGACGUCUACCGCCGAACGCCAGCCCCUGACCGCCGGCCAUUUGGACGAUGACGAGGAGGAGGAGCCCCUACAUCCGGCACCUGGACAAUUGGAGCGCAAGUGCAGCGUCUAUCGGAUGCGCCGGAGUGACGCCUUCGAGCAGGAUGCUGGCGGCGUGCUGAAAAGGCAGCUCCGGGAACUCCAGUUCAGCACAGGAGUCCAGCAGACGCAGUACGAGCCACUCCUGGCCGACGAGCCGCAGCUUCUCUUCAAGGGACUGGGCGGGCGGAAGAUGCAGAUCUGCGGCUACUGCGAGGAGGGCAUCUGUGUGUGCGAGCACCUCGAGUGCGCCCAGGGACGAGCCGCCAGGUUGGAGCGCGGCCGACGCUGCAGCGUCCAGGAUCAGCAACAACAGCAGGCCACCUGCCACCGACGCUGGGUGAAGCGCAACCGAAUACAAGACGCCUCCUUGGGCGGCUCUUCGGACGAUGAGGACUUUCUGGGCGUUCUGCGCGGUCCCAGCACCUUUGCAAAUGCCUUUCUCUACGUAGGCCUGGGCACUGUGGCACUGGGCCUGGUCAUCGCAUUCGUUGGCACCGGCGAGAAGGGCUUCAAAACCGUGGAACUAAGACUUAUAGGCCCAUCUCUUAUAGGAUUGGGCCUGAUCUGUUGCAUUUUACGCAUUCUUUUCUGCAUCUGUCCAUCGCACUGCAUCUCAUCCAGCAAGAAGACGCACAAGAAAAAUGGCAACAAAAUAGAUGCGGACCACACAACAUCGCUGCUCCGGAAGGAAAGCAAGAGAGUGUUCAUAGCCAGAGAACCCAGUAUACAGCCGAAAUAUCCCAUAGCGCACAAACGGAGCCAAAGCAAAAUGCUCAACGAGGGCAUGGAGGCACUGCGUCAAAUAGCCACCACAUCGCUGUUCAUGCAGAAUGAGCAGAAAACCGCCAUAAAUCGGGUGGUGCCGAUCAUCAAUGAGCCGGAGAGCGGUGAUGCUCCACUGGAGAUGAAGAAACUGCAGACGGCUCUGAAUGCCUGCGAAAUGAGCGAUGAGGAGCAGGAUAAGGAGCAGGAUCAGGAGCAGCAGCAGCAACAGCAGAUUGCCAAACAUACAACCACAACAACAACAGCAACAAAAGCCACAACUGCCGUUACGAGUAGUACCACCAAAGACCCAACAGCCAUCUCGAGAGUAACGAGGGCAACCACAUUGAGCACCGUGGACGAGAAGCCCGACAGCAAACUGGUGCGGCAACGUGUGGCCCUGCAACAGCAACGCCAGCAACAACAGCAGAUGCAACUGGAGUCGCAGGUCUCAAAAUCACAGUCGCUGUCCUCCUCCUCGACGGUGAAGGACUCCCUGGAUGGCGGCGUUGUGGAGGUGGAGGAGACCUCCCUUGUGGAUGCCACUGCCUCGGUACCAUCGACCACGUUGCCGAGUAGCUGCAGUACUGGAGCCAUACCAAGGAUCUCGCGGCCGGGCAUCUCGACGGGAGCCACGCCCAAAACGACAACGACAACGCCCACCACCAGCACCCGACUGCCCACAUCCCAGUCGCAUCCCACGAGCUACGACCUGCCGCCGGCCCUGCCGCACACGUACUCCGCUACAGCAACGGUACGUGGACCACUGGGCAUGUCGAUGAGUAGCUCCGCCUAUGCCAUGCCAGCCAGUGCCAGAAUAGGAACACCGUUAGGAUCAGGAUCGGGAUCGACUGGAGCGGGAACGACAGCAGGAACGCAGCCUCCCACCACCACAACGAUCAGUUUGCUGCCGCUACCGGCGCCGCCGACAAUGGCCACCGCCACUGUGGCCACUAUACCCGGCCAGGUGCUGGAGGCCUCUGGGGCCACGAGUCUGAGUCUGAGCUUAAUGCAACCCAUGUCGACAAUGCGACCGGCCACGGCGUCGGGCCUAACCACCUCGUCGUUCACCACCAGCGCCGCCCUGGAUCCCCACAGAUCACACCCGUCAUCCGCCGGAUCGGUAAUGGGGCGUGGCAGCCUACUCCUGGCCCCGCCGAAAUCGUCCGCGGGGGCGGCGACGGGUUCGGUGGCGUCGUCGAGCAAAUUCGAGCCAGAACUGGUGCUCAGUCCGGCUAAACUUGGCCAGUAGGAUAAUAAAUGUAUGGGAUUUAGUUACGAUUUUAGUUAGCCAGCAGGUCUAUGUAUAUGUCUAGGUUCUAGGCUCGAGUGUGUGUGUGUGAUUUUAUGCGUGUGUGUCAGUGUGUAUCCAGGUGAAUGGUAAAGGAUGUGAGUGUUAAAUUAUGAAAGAUAUUGAAAAUUAAAACCGAGAAAAAAAUAGAGAUCAGAAUUUAGUUACAUAUAUGUACCCUAAAACUAUCUUUUGAAUGUGCCACAUAACUAACUAAUACAAAAACACUAAAUAAUAUACCCAUAAAUGUCAUGUUUUGAGCUUGAAACUUUCAAAAUUAUGGAUUUUUUUCCAGUUGAAGGCAUAAUUGGCAUUUCUGAUUAAAUCUAUUCGUUCAAAACAUGACUUUUGAUACCAUAUGUAACUUCUUUUCCACCACAAACUGCUUUCAGUGUCUAGUCCUUUGUCUACUUCCCAAAGCUUUCCUGCAUUAUAAUUCGCCAAUUCCUUUCGUUUUCUGUUCCUAUAUUUUCCUAUAACUUGUGGACUAUCCAACCUACAGAUAGCUAGCAUCUCUAUAUAUUCCCGUGUCUGAUCUGUUCCUGAAAAACGUUUGCCAACCUGCGCUGUUCUAAGCUAUCGAGAAAACCAAAAAAACAUAGCCAGGGUAUUAUGAAGUUUGUAUACCAAACAUAUCGUUAAUUAAAUAACAAUAAACACUAAAAAUAAUAUUAAAAAAAAGCAUGAAAAUAAGCUUGGUAUGAAGGCAAACGCUAAUAAAAAAACUCAUUAUAACAUAAAUAAGAGAAAACCCAUUAGAUAUUGUAUCUCGAAAUACCAACCAAAAUUCGGAGAGUUCAAAAAGUAUUAGUCAAAUGUGUCAGCGCUCUAAAAUCAAUCGUCGGAAGAGCCAUACCAAACAAAUAAAAACUAGGAAAUAAUUAAAUGAAGUUACAGUCAACGCAAUAAACAAAGAAAGUUCUGCCAUUGUUUGAAUUCGUUUUUAAAUUCACUCGUUUCCAGUUCACCGUAAUUUUUGAAAAAUUUUAAGGCACUUUUCGAAGCUAUUGCUAAAUUCGAUAUGAUAUAAAGUCUUUGCUUGCUCCUUCAAACGGUAAGCCCAAGCUUUGUGGGCCGAGGGAAUAGAAAGAAAUAAAUAGAAACUAAAAUAAACCGACUCCAAUAGAAUCGAAUGUGGCCGCACAAUGUCAGAAACAAACCGAAAACGAAAAAAAUGUAACAACUCUUAACAGAACAAAUGUGUAAGAUGCGUGUACAGAAACUAAAGCUGCAGCCAGACAUAGAAAAUUAUAAAAAGAAAAUUAUGAAUUAGUAUGUAUGAGUAUGUAAACUAAAUGUGCAGAAAUUAAAAAAUAUAAAAGAUGCAUUGUUGUUUAAU